CUUGCAGUUUUUCCAAGUGAUGGAAAUUAACAUUAACACUUGGAUUCUGUAGAAGGGCUUUUUAAAACCCACAGUAGCUCCAUGGUCAGACUGCAACCUCCCAGCCACCUAAGGGUUAAUUCAGACAGGUAGGUACCCUACAUACACGUGUCUAGCAGAUUUGUGGUAUGAAAUGAUGGGGGUGGAACCCAUACAGAUAAUGCCAUUCAGUUGGCUAAUCCCAGCUCAUUCCAAGUGGGGGUGCAGUCUAGUAGAGGGUUCAGGUCACGAAGGGGUUAAACUCUUUCAUUCCAAUUUGAUUAAAAUAAAAAAAAUACACACAGCAGACUAUUGAUUCAGUCUCCCAUGUCACAUCCCUGACCACCACCCCUUUCCCCAGCCAUAGGGGGAGGGAGCCUUUAAUAAUGGUCUGUAAACUGAUGCCAGCCAGCAGAGUCUAGCAGGGGGAAAGGAGCUGGUACUUGGAGAGACAGAGUGCUAUAGAGAGACUGCAGCCAGUGAUACAGAGUGCUAUAGAGCGACUGCAGUGAGUGAUGUACAGUGCUAGAGAGAGAGAGAGAGUGCAUCCAGUGAUACAGAGUGCUAUAGAGAGUGCAUCCAGUGAUAGUGUUAUACAGAGAGUGAUACAUUGUGCUAUACAGAGAGAGUGCAGUGAGUGAUACAGUGUGCUAUACAGAGAGUGCAGUGAGUGAUACAGAGUGCGAUACAGAGAGAGUGCAUCCAGUGAUACAGUGUGCUAUACAGAGAGUACAGUGAGUGAUACAGAGAGUGCAGUGAGUGAUACAGUGUGCUAUACAGAGAGAGUGCAGCGAGUGAUACAUUGUUACUCUCAGUCAGUAUCUGAUAGUCAUGGCUCUCCUAGGGCACUGCUUAAGGCAGGUUUGGGGGGUGGAAGUUUUGGGGGGCUGCAGGAGUGUUCACCAAUUCCCCAGGAUGGGGGCUGCAGGUCAGGCUGUGAGGGAGGAUGUGGAGGGGGGCAGGAGGGGUACAUCCAGGGGGUGCCCUGCACAGGAGGUGAGGGGGGCCCCUCUGGUGAAGAGUUUGGAGGACAUGCCGGGCCCCAGCACUCUGACCAACCUGCUGGAGUUUUUCUGGAGAGAUGGCUUCAGUCGCAUCCAUGAAAUCCAGGUAAUGUGAGAACCCCCAAAGUGACUCCCUGGGAGGAAUAAAGGGGGGCAUGAUUCCGGGUAUUGGCAGGCAGAAGGUUAAUAAAAGUCCUCUUUCUCCAGCUAUUGAUUCAUCCAGUAUGUUGGUGCUGGGGUUAAUGUCUAUAGAGAAUUCACUGCUUGUGUGUCCUGUGAAUCCAGCACUGAAAGGGUCAAUACCUCAUCGUAAAUGUUAGACAGUCACUGCAAGGGUUAAUUCCUAGUAAAUACCUGUAUGCAUUUAGAAGGGUCAUGUCCAGGAAAUGUUACAAGCAUGAGAGGAUGCAUUGAAAUGGUUAAUCCGGCAUUGCACGGGUUAAUACCCAGGGGAUCCGGCAUUGCACGGGUUAAUGGAUCCUCCAUUGAGGGACACAGCUGGCACUGCACAGGUUAAUGAAUUGAGUUAUUUUAACUCCGGGAUUGGGAUGUUUUGGUAAAUUCCUCCCAGUGUCUCCCCACCACGUGCUCAGACAGUUAUACAACCAGGGGCCGGCUGUAAUCUGAGCCCCCUGCUCCCAGACUGCUGGGACCACCACUCCCACCAUGGCCAGCCACUCCCAGCACUACUCCCACCAUGGCCAGCCACUCCCAGCACUACUCCCAGCAUGGUCAGCCACUCCUACCACAACUCUCACCAUGGCCAGCCACUCCCAGCACCACUCUCACCAUGGCCAGCCACUCCCAGUACCACUCCCACCAUGGCCAGCCACUCCCAGCACUAUUCCCACCAUGGCCAGUUACUCCUACCACAACUCCCACCAUGGCCAGCCACUCCCAGCACCACUCCCACCAUGGGCAGCCACUCACACCUGACCAUUCUGUGCCUCACAGUACAGGGAGGUAUUGCCUGGCACAGUUUAAGCAGGUAUUAGGGUCUUUGUUGUCCAGGUCCCAUUUGGCACAUUUUAUGCCUGGCACAGAGCAGUAUUGGGAUUUCUCCAUCUUCAUUUUAGCGCCUUGUUUACCCAGCACAGAACAGGGUGGUAUUGGGAAUUUUAGUAGACUGUGUGCUGUGUUGGCAUCCUGUAUACCUGGAUCAGUACAGGUUGGUCUUUGGGGUUUGGGUAGUUUAGGCCCCAUGUUGGCACCCUGUAUACCUGGAUCAGUACAGGUGGGUAUUUGGGUAGUCCAGGCCCCAUGUUGGCACCCUGUAUACCUGGCACAGUACAGGUUGGUAUUUGGGGUUUGGGCAAUCCAGGCCCCAUGUUGGCACCCUGUAUACCUGGCACAGUACAGGUUGGGGUUUGGGCAAUCCAGGCCCCAUGUUGGCACCCUGUAUACCUGGCACAGUACAGGUUGGGGUUUGGGUAGUCUAGGCCCCAUGUUGGCACCCUGUAUACCUGGCACAGUACAGGUUGGUAUUUGGGGUUUGGGCAAUCCAGGCCCCAUGUUGGCACCCUGUAUACCUGGCACAGUACAGGUUGGUAUUUGGGGUUUGGGUAGUCUAGGCCCCAUGUUGGCACCCUGUAUACCUGGCACAGUACAGGUUGGUAUUUGGGGUUUGGGUAGUCUAGGCCCUAUGUUGGCACCCUGUAUACCUGGCACAGUACAGGUUGGUAUUCCAGUCUGAUAUUUUUACUCUAAUAAAACCAUUAUAAUGCAGUUUGACUGCGCAGCUGCUUGGUAUACGUUGGUGCUAUACAACAGUGCCCGAACAAUACAAUUAUUUGUGUGAUGCCAAUUAGAUCUGGGCACGGUGUAAAAAAUUGGUUUAGCCGAAACAUCAGAAUUUUUUUUUUGUUUUUGUUUUGGUAAGACGGACUGAAUCUUGUCCAUUUGGUGUUUCCGCUUGUCCUAAAGUCCCUGCAAAUGCUUAAUGUAAAACUACUUUGUAAAUUAAAAAGGCGUGAAAAUGUCCUGUGUACCGUAAAAUAUAUAUACGCAAUAUAAACCUCAUGUAUAUGUCUUGUAGUACACUGAUAGAAGGUGGUUCCCGCCAAUGGGAGGAAAACACCGGAGGGGCAGUAAAUAAAAAUCUAUUUGUUAUGAAAUAUAGCCUUUUUUUUUUUUUUUUUGGACACUUUUCACUCAAUAUAAUCAACAUUUAGGGACUGUACCCUAGUAUAUGGCCCACCAGUCGGACAAAAUUCAGACAAAUUUUAUAAUUGAUUUGAAACCAAGUCAAAAUACGGACCAGCUGUUCCGUGAAAGCAAAAUCGCCCUUUAUGCCUUGUGUCGGCUGGGAGUUUUAUAUCCGCCUGCUAUGGUUCCUAUGAAGUAAAUGUGAUUAUUGGGGUAAGAGAUUUCUAGGGUGCCACUCUGACUUUUAAGGAGGACACGUGUGCUCUCUAAUUGUCUGGUGACUCCCAAACAUUAUCAUGACAUUUCCUGUCCCUCCAUCGUCUUUAAAUAGUUUGUUUAUUUUAAAACAAAUGGGCCCUGUAAUUGUCUGAUGGACAGCCAAUCAGAACCUGGGAUUUAAACCACUAUGCCUAGCAUUCCGUUGCAAAGUUUUUCUUGUAUCCUCGGCAGAGCAGUAAAGACUGCACGUUGAGGUGUCACAAGUGGCCACUGCUACCCCUAUUGAUGUGGUAACCUUCCCCCAAUUCCUAGAACAAGGUGGGCAACCUUCGGCGUUCCUUAUGUUGUGGACAACAUCUGCGAUGAUGCUUUGCCAGCAUUAUGACUGUAAGAGCAUUAUGGGACAUGUAGUUCACAAUAUCUGGAGUGCCGAAGGUUGUCUACACCUGUCAUAGAAGAUGCUGUACACACCAUAAUCUGUACAGCGCAUUGCAAGGUUCGUGGUUAUCAGAAUCAGUGGGUGCACGUGACCUAAAGUAUUCUUUUCAACUGCAGGCAAGUGGUUUCACAAAAAAGUGGUCUCUCCCUGUCGCCUAAAGGCUGGCACUUCGGCAGCUGCUUGGAUAAUGAGGAAUACACACGGCUGCCUCUGUCCAGUGCCGGCCAACCUUGGACAGCUGUGCUGCAAUCACUGGGGAAGCGUAAUGGAUAAUUCUUUCCAUUAAGCAAUCAAGUCCAAAUUGGGUUGAUAUUCUAGAAGCUCACUUUUUUGACCUUCAGCUGAGAGCCUGGGUUUUCGGUGUUGGGAGAAGCUUGGUUUGUGUCAGAUCAAAUGUUUCGGGACAAAUUGUGGGAACAUCACCCAAAGAAUCUUUGCAAUAUAACUACUGUAACAAAUUACUGGAUUUAUUGUGUUCAUGUUCCUUUGGUAUUUCUGAAGAUCUGUUUUUUUGUUUUUGUUUUUUAUGAACAAAGGUUACCUUAUCUUUUGGAAAAUCAGAAGUGCUAUAAACGUGAAUAACACAGUCCUGUGAAAUUUCAUCUGUAUCCAUUUAAAUCCCUCACAAGCUGUUGCAGAGUAGAGAUAGAAAGAUAUAUGGUGGGUGGUGCCAUUCUUGGUAAAUAGAGGAGAUGAAGGCUUUAGAGGCCCAGUCUUAACAACGUAAUUGCCAAAGAUGAGUGUAGUUUGCUACUUUGUCCCCAUCUCUCUUGGUUUACCUCUUUCAAAGAGAAUUGAAAUUCACCGCGAGAACAUGUACAUUCUGCAUUAACAUGUUGUCUGAAGAUGGGGCUGGCCUUUUGGGUGAUGGAGAGAGCACUGGUUUGACUAAAAAAUAAAGGGGUCCCCGAACCCUUUAGUGCCAUAAACUGGGUAGCUUAACCACUCCAUCAAGCUUUAGUAGAAUUGGGGGAUUGUUCCAAAUCCAGAACCAUGGCGUUAGUGCCUGGUGAGAUGCCUAGAUUAGUGUCUAGGAGUAGUAGUAGCUGACGUUAAGAUAUUGAAAAGACUGGGAAAUUUUGACGCUCACUAUAGACUGACAAAUGGCUGCCACCUUCAUCAUUAGGUGUGCUUUCACCAAAAUGGCUGCCACUUAUGCCAUUGGGUGUGCUUUCACCAAAAUGGCUGCCGCCUCCGCCAUUGGGUGUGCUUUCACCAGAAUGGCUGCCGCCUCCGCCAUUGGGUGUGCUUUCACCAGAAUGGCUGCCGCCUCCGCCAUUGGUUGUGAUUACACCAGAAUGGCUGCUAAAGUGGAGCACCUGUAGGAAUAUCUCUUAGAUUUAAGCUGAGCUAUGAUCGUGAUGGUGAUGUGAAAAACUGGUUAUUAGGGAAGGUGUUCUCAGCUCUGCAGUUUUGUUGCCUCGUCCCUACGGUUCUCCAAGGACUGUAGAGGUUUUGAAAUACCCAAUGUUUUAACUUGAUAUUAAAAAAACAAACAAAAAAAAACACCUUUUCCCGUUGGGUAGGGAGGAAUGGAGGGGAAAGUUAUCUUCACCUUAUAGGCACUCUGGACGAAGGACAAAGAUUUUUGUCUGUUGUCAGCACGCUGUUUGCCCUGACCAAAGAUGUAAAAUAUGCACAGAAUUGCCAAUUUGCGGCCUGCAACAGUGUGUGCACCUAGCCCCCGGUACACAAUAAAAAAAAAAUAACUCUGUGCAGCGUAUUAGGCAGAAACACAUCCAGACUCCCACCAAGACCACAUCAAAACACUGAAGUGGUCGGAGUAACCCUUUUAAAUUAAUUUGAAACUCUCACUUUAAAUUACUCACUAUUUUCAAUUUAUUUUUUUUGUGAAUAAUCCUGUAAGAUUUCUGAUUAGUGUGAGUAUGUCUGAGAUGUAUGUAUAAAUAUACAUGCCUUUUUUUUUUUUUUUUUUAAACAAAAUUAAUUUUUUUAAAAAAUUUAUUUCUAUUAAAGUCCUGGUGCCCAUUUAUAUUUGGCAGCCACUUUUAUUUUUCCGUUACACCCAGAUGUCUGGCUUGUUACAGGAUAACAAGCGUCACGCUGAAAAGGGGUAUUUGCGAUAUGGGACUCUUUAUUUAACCCUUUUUAAACUUCCAGCAGGGGUAUUAGCCAGAACUUGUACUAGUGGCAGCAGACUAGAUAAUACAGCAGGCAUUCGAACAGUAACCCCAACCUGGUGGUUUUGUUUCUUAAGAUAUUUGUGUGACGCAGGGAUGGGAAGAAAAUUGGCUUUUUUACAUGCUCCACAUAUUUUUCUCAACAUUAGUUUUAUUUCCAUGAGCUCUGGGCAAAAUCCACUGAUCCCCAUGCGUUUGCUGGGCUCUGUGCCAAGCAGCUGGUGGAGCGUAGUAUGUGGUUUGGGGGUGUAACUGGAGAAGGCCUGUGUGACCAAGGGAAUUUCAUUUUGAUAGAAAGCGAAUUUCCACCAGACGUAUGUUCUCUAAACAAAGUGAAAGUCUUGUCGAUCUGCAUCGCGCUUCUGCCUCCUUCAAAAUGCUGUGACUGAUGACUUUUUACGAAGUGUAGCAAACGCUGUACUAAAAAUGUAAAACUGAGCAGAUGGCACAUUUCGCACCUCCGACGCCUGGCCUGGCAAGGAAUUCGCCAUUGGCACCUGACAGAGUGGGAUUAACCCCCUUAUGUCCGAAACUGGCCAAUCUUUAAAGGGCAACAGACCCUUUCCAGGAUUUUCAAUAUACUAUUUCCAAUUCCCUAUAUUUAAUAAAAUCUAAAAUAUUUAUGAGGCCUGAAAAUUUUAAAACUGAAUGAAGAAAUCCACUUUGCUUUAUCUACCCCAUACAGAAACUAGGUGCCAUCUUGGCUUCCUUUUAAUUGUUUUUAGAAGCUCCGCCCUCUGCACCUGUCCAUCAGUAUAGGAAAAAAAACAACAAUGUAUCUCUUUAUCCUGUUCUCAGCAGUACAUGCCCUGGCUGUGCAUUGUGAUUUUAUACACAUGGAGAAAAGGGUUAUUACAAAGUAGCAAGUAAUUGGAUAUCAUACAUUUAUUUUCAUUAUGCCUCCUUUACUACAUAAAAUUGGAAAUGUACACUGCCUGCUGAAAGCAAAGGCAGGUUAUUUCAUGUAAAUUAAAUUACUCUACCCAUGAUCCUUUGGUUCACUAAAAGUGCGGGUGCGGUGUACAUUUGUAACUAUAUUUUUUGAUGUCUGCAAUAUUAUAUUACCCUUGGAAUUUAAUGUAGUAAAAUCACAGUUUGAAUUUUGGACAAUUUACAUAGAAAGUUGAUAAAUUUGUCAAAUUGUUCUGUUGGUAUUUUGGUCUUAAACUUGAAAUUUUCAUUAAAUUCUCAAAUCCCGACUUUGAAACCCUAGUUCCUGCUCAUCUUUAAUGUAUUUUUGGUUAACCCUUUGUCGGAGCUGCCAGUUUUGGAGGAGGCAAAAAUUGUUGGCUUAUUAGAGGCAGUUUGGUAAUAUUCUGUAAAAUCCCCCCCUUUAUUAUAAAUCUAUAUUUCAGAUAUUUAAAUGCUGUCUCGGUGAUAAUUAUGUAGCUAUUUUCUGAUAACCUGAAACCAGACUAUUCUCCUAUAUGCUAUCUUAAUGACCGUAACCAGUUACAGAGAAUGUAAUGUAGAUGUUUCUGGCGUGGCAGCGCCACUUGCUGGUUGAAAUCAUAAUUGACCUUUGUUCUUGGAAGUAUUCAGGCGGUCAUUAAAGGGACAAUCCAGGCACCCAGACCACUUCUGCCCAUUGGAGUGGUCUGGCUGCCAACUCCCAUCACCCUUAACCAUGCAAGUGUAAUUUUUUUAUAAACUGCAAUAAUUACUUUGUAGGGUUUAGUCCUCCUCUAGUGGCUGUCUAUCAGACACUAGACAGCCACUAGAGGGACUUCCGGCUUCUUAGAACACGAAAAUUGUUUUAAAUGACGCUGGACGUCCUCACACUAUGCAUGAGGACCUCCAGCAUCGACGGAAUCCCCAUAGGAAAGCAUUGAAUAAUGCUUUCCUAUAGGGAGGUAUAAUGCGCUCGCGGCCAUUGCCGCGCAUGCGCAUUAGGUCUCUGGAGGAGGGGCAUGGGCGGAGCCUGACCAAGCACAGAGGGACAUCGGCGCUGGAGUUGGGUAAGUGUCUGUCUGAAGUGGUUUUAACCCUUUUAGCAACAUGGGAUGGGGGAUGGGAGGGAGGAGGGCACUGCAGGAUUCUGCAGUGCCAGGAAAAAGGGUUUGUUUUCUUGGCACUGGAGAGUCCCUUUAAGUGGGGGGUCACUGAACACAAGGGGGUUGCAACGGGGAGGAGGGUGUAUAAUUCUAAGAUGAUUUGUAAAAAUGUUGGAAUAGAAAAGAUUAAAAUGGGGUGGGUGUUAUGGAUGUUUUAAUUGUGGGAUAGUUUGCAUUGGUACCAAUUCCAACUACAUCUAGAAAACUGACUAAAAGUAAGAAUUCAGGGUGCAUUUGAAAUUUAAGGCCAAAUUAGCAGAGUUGGAGAAAUUCUCCAUGUAAACUAUGCUUCCUGUUCUUUGGCCUAAAAUUUUAAAUGGACUUUGACUUCACGCUUUUGAAUAAUCCCGACUGUAGUAAUCACUAGUGAGCGACCCAAAAUGAGUGUCCGUUACCACGGUUAGAUAUGUAGUAAAGGACCUAUGACCACACUGCGUAGUGUGUGUGAUGUCAUGUCGGUCCCUUGUGUAGUGUGUGAUGUCAUGUCGGUCCCUUGUGUAGUGUGUGAUGUCAUGUCGGUCCCUUUGCGUAGUGUGUGAUGUCAUGUUAAAGUUAAACACUUUGUGCACAAUUUUCCUUUUUUGCAGCAGAAUAUGGAUAUUUCAUUGCUCUUCUGUUAAUGUUAUCCUGGAUAGCAUCAUUAGCUAUUGUCGCAGGUAAAAUUCUGUCUUUUUAAAUACAAUAAAAUAAAUUAUAUUCACUUCAGAUUUAUUUAUUUUCUUUCAGCAAAAGCAUGUCUGUGAAUAUGGCCACAUAUUUAAGUCUCACUUUGGACCUCAGUUCGUGGUGUCCAUCGCUGACAGAGACAUGGUUGCCCAGAUACUACGUGCAGAGAGAGAGGCUCCUCAGAGAGCUAACAUGGAGUCGUGGGAAGAGUACAGAGACCUGAGGGGUAGAUCUACUGGACUAAUAUCUGCGUGAGCAUCCACUUCUAAAUUUAAUUUUAAUAUAUUUCAUCUACUUAACACAUCAAACCUAUGUAAAUGAUGUCCUCCAUAUUGGGACCAGAAGAAAUAUCUUCCUUCCUCAGUGCCCAUAGCUUGUGGUUGCUCUCCAUAGUUGACUAAACCAGAAGGAAUGCACCCAAAACCUGUUUACUAUAAUAACCUGUUCUGAUUGUUACUUGGUAUUCGUUUAAGGAUACACAGGGCUCGAGGUAUCAGAUUGAGCCCUCUGUGAUUGUACACUCUCUCAAUUCACAGUGCAUCUUAAAAUAAUUUCUAAGAAAUAGUAGGAUAACAUUGGGACUUCACGCAUCCUCGCUUAUUCUGCUCCCUUUGAAACGUUGUGUACAGUGAGUGACAUUAAAUUGGGAGAUAGUAUCUCCUAUUUAUAAUAUCCCUUUGGAGGGGAGUGGGGUAUAAUAGUGUGAGUUCGGAGUCUGUGAUCAUCUACCCUAACAAGUGAAAUCUAUUCAUCUUUGGUGUCAAUUGCAAAGUUAUAUUUAAACAACUGUGGACCUACAAUUCCAUAUUUAUCUUAUUAUGGUCACGCUUGUCUCUUGCUCAUUAAUAAUAAUGAAAACCUGUUUGUCCAUACAGGGAAGGGAAGAAAUGGCUGUCUAUGAGGAGUGUUUUAAGGCAGAAAAUUCUCAAGCCAAAAGAUGUUGCGAUAUACUCUGAAGGAAUCAACAAUGUGGUCACCGACCUCAUGAAAAGGAUUUACACCCUAAGAUCCAAGGAACAAGAUGGUGAAACAGUCACCAACGUCAACGACCUCUACUUCAAGUACUCAAUGGAAGGUGAGUCAGAAAACGGAGGGUAUCAGGCACAUCCUUUUAGAUAACUCUUGCUUCAUGGCUUUCAGUUUUUUAGAAAUGUUCUCCUUCUAUGCUUCCAGCUGUUGCUACCAUCUUGUACGAGUGCCGUCUGGGCUGCCUUGAUGAUGACGUUCCGAAGCAAACUCUAGAAUACAUUGAAGCUUUGGAAUUAAUGUUCAGUAUGUUUAAAACCACAAUGUACGCCGGAGCCAUCCCAAAAUGGCUGAGACCCUUGAUCCCAAAACCGUGGAGAGAGUUCUGUCGAUCUUGGGAUGGACUUUUCAAAUUUAGUAAGGAUCCAACUCUCUUAAUAGUCUGUCUGCAAUAAUGGUUGGAUAGUCUGGUUAGCCUCGUGUCUCUGAAAACCCCAAAUAUUUCAAUUUGGGUUAAGAUUUUCAGUAUUAUAGUGUAAUGGUUGAUGUAAAUUAUAUUGCUAUAAAAAAAGUGGUUUAGGUUUGAGCAGAAAUGUGACUUAAAUUUUAUUGGUUAAAUAUGCUAGUCCCGAGCAUUCUUCCAGAUUUAGAUGUACUCUAAAGCUAGUUUAGCAGCAGCUUUAAUUGGCAAAAACAUAAUAUCCAAACUCACCCCCCCCCCUCCACCCCCCCAUAUCAAUUUUUUAUAUUUUCUGUGUCUGAGAAAGCUGCCAUAUAGUUCCUAGCUCAUUCCUUUCCUAUGACCACAGUAUGGAAUCCAUAUCUGAUCAAAAAAAAUCACUGAUAAAAUGACAAUUCAGCAGAUCGAACAUGUUCUUUGCUUUUAGAGAUGGAGAACUUAACACAUCCCUCCCCUCCAAUAGGGAGAAUUCUGUAAGAAGAUAAAUGAGGAGUUUCCUGGGAGUAUGAGUGGUGGCUACAAGGUUAUGGGUGGAAGAGUCAAGGUUAAUGGGUGAGACAGGGACUAAGACUAUACAUUGUGGAGCAGGAAGGGCAAGCGGCAAAUAUGGAAGGGCAGGAUGGGACCAUUGCACACUAAAUGGAAGGAUAUGGUGGAGGCUGAACUUGGGUGAGAAAACUAGGGACUAUCGUGUAUAUUCACAAAAGUGAGAAUUUAAAUUGAAAUACACUUUAAUUUCAAAUUUAAAGUUAAAACCUACUAAAUAGAAAUCUUCUCCAAGCCAGCUGCACUUUCAGUUCUGCUACUCUGGCUUAAAUUCUCACUUCAGUGAAGAAUACUGCAAGAUGUGGGAUGAGAAGACUAGUCAGGGGACUGAGUGAUGGACAAAGAGCCGAGAUACCAGAGAACCUGGAGAAGAGGUGACUUAUUCAAUAUUUUUGUUUCUAGGCCAGAUACAUGUGGAUCAUCGACUAAAGGAAAUUGAAUCGUCCUUGAAUUCGGGUGAAGACGUCCAGGGAGGUCUUCUAACAUCUCUCUUGCUAAGUAAAGAGCUUACAAUGGAGGAGAUCUAUGCCAACACGACAGAAAUGCUUCUGGCUGGAGUGGACACGGUAAUAAACACCUUCUUAAAAUUUUGAGAUUUUUAAAGGACUUUUAUAGUCUGAGAUUUUUAUGUUCUAAAUGAUUUAAUGGAAACCGUAACCUUCUGAAAUGUUUUAAUAUUUUUAUACAUACUUGUCUCUGUCCUUUGCACCUCGCCAUCCGUUUAGAGCAGGGGUAGUCCACCUGGUUCCUAAUACCCACUAGUGGGAGGUUUGGGAUUUCAGGUGGGUGGUGGUGGGUUCUGCGGAAAACGCCCGAUGGGCCUCGAUGGCUGUGUGCCAAGGCCGGCAGGGGAGAUCCUUUUAUCUCGCCUGCCAGCCUUUCUAUAAGCCCAGUCGGGCUGGUGAUGAGAUCAAAGAUCUCCCUCACUGUCCCGCUGGCACUUAAUUCCAGCAGAGAGCCAGAAGGGCGCAUUACCAUGGCAAUGCUCUGAUACCAUGCUGUGCUCCGGCUGCAGGCUGACAAGAGAGUCCGCCUGCAGCCGGAGGAGAUGCAGGCUAAAGUGAACAUGCAACCACUGGACCACCAGGGCUUGCAGCAUUAUGUGCCACCUCCCUGGUAAAAGGUAAGAAGAGAGGGGGAGUCAAUAAUAGAGAUUUUUACAGCUCACCCACCUACACACAGCAUUGACCAUAUGCACAUUUCACACAUAAACCCCAACACUGCAACCCUCACACACACAGAAAAAAAGUACAAUAGAGGAAAAAAUUAAAUUAAAAGAUCACUAUAGUCUCAAGAAAACAAAGCAGGUCCCCCUCCCGUUGCGCUGAAGGGGAUAAAACCCCUUCAGCAGCUUACCGAAUGCGCAAGUGCUGCGUGCGCAUUAAAGCUGUCAAUAGGUAAGCAUUUCUCAAUGCUUUCCUAUAGACGCUCUGUGCGAUUGAGGCAUAAUAUGCCUCCAGUGUCGCAGAUGCACCUCUAGUGGCUGUCCGGAAGACAGCCACUAGAGGCUGGCUUUACCCCAAAUGUAAACAUAGCCGUUUCUCUGAACCGGCUAUGUUUGCAUCUGAAGGGUUAAACCUUGAGGGACCCAGACCACUUCAUUGAGCUGAAGUGGUCUGGGUGACUAUAGUGUCCCUUUAAUUUAAAUACAAAAAAAACCAACUUUCUAAACAAAUGUACUAUAGCGUUAUAAAAGUAGUUACGCGGUAAGGAAAGUUUACCAUCAACAAAGAUACAAAAGUGGGCGGUAAGUAUCAAAAGGUUGACUACCCCAUGGUUAGAGAAAAGGAGAAAUGAAACAAUGUUGCUAUUUCUCCUCAUUUGCAUGGUUUGCCUUAGCUGUGCCAGAACUGUACUGGAUUAUGUUAUCCGUUGCUAAAUUGCUUUGUAUCGAUUUGAAAGAAAAUGAAGCAUCACAAAGUUUAACACAUUCUCAGUAAUUUUUAAUUGUUUAAUUACACGGCAUAAUUUCAAAGUGAUUCCUUUUAAAGCUUCUAUAUUGCUAUUGGUAUUGUGUAUUGUAUUGCUAUUGGUAGUGUGUAUUGUAUUGCUAUUGGUAGAUGUCACGAGCGUGGGCUAUAGGCCCAGUGGGGAGAGUGUGGAAGUGACAGGGUUAAUGAGACCAGACCCCUGGUUACCUGAGGGAAAUCAGAGGGGGUUGGUCUGGCAGUUUAUUGCCCACUCUAUGCAAUUCCUUGUGUCCAGCUCUGGUGAUGGCUAUCUAGAUGUUUUAUGGUCUAGGCCUGGUGCAAGAUCAAAGACCAUAAUAAAAGUCAUCCCAAGGUUUACAAAAAAAUAACUCUUAACAUAUAUCAACACACAUCAGACACCAACUCAUGCUUUUGGCAUGACACCUCCCCCUUAAGAUGGUGGACAGAAAAAUUCAGCCACAGUCUGAUUAAUCUGUUUACCAUUAACCAUCUACUUCCCCCUGCAGAGACAGACCAUCUGCAUUCCCAUGCAAGCUGCCCUUUUUGUACUGGGCAAUGAAAUUAUACUGUUGGAGGAUAGGGCUCCAAUGGAGCAGUUUAUCAUUGUUACCUGUCACCUGCAGCAGGUUGUGAUCAGUCCAUACCACAGCUACAUCCUCAACAAACAUGCCUGAUUUGCCUGUUUCAAUUUCCCAUCGAUCUCUGGUAACAUCCCUUAAACCACACCUACUGCGCUCAUGUAGUAGCUGUAAGGGGAAGAAACCAAUGGAUUUCUGCAGCACUCCCCGGUAAGCACACAAAAAAGCAGACAGAGAACACUCCCAGGAUAGAUGUGCUGUAUCAACUCCCAUCAUCUUUCAUUUUGGGGUCUGUCUGCUGGGCUUGUUGCACUAUCAGACUCUGAACCUUUGGUUCACAAUCAGAAAGUUGCUUAGGUGUAUGUGUGAGUUGUGAUAAACUGACAAGGUUCCUGGUUCAUCUAACAGUAUGUUUCCCUGCAGCCAUCCUUCCUGGACCCACAGGCUGAGUCUGUCCGUGCCCCUCACUUUCACUCCAGGUCAUCAGACAUACAGAACUUUGGAAACUGGCUAAGUCUGGCGCAGAGUAAAGCUCCCACACCCUCUGCCCUCCCUCAUAGCCUUGCUGUCCCUUCACAUUUUCACCCAGUGCAUCACAUACAUCUGCUUCAGGCACAUAUUGGGACAUAUAUUCAUUCAGCCCAAUCUCGCUGGAAGGCUUUUCCCAUACAUUUUCACAGGACACAUUUGACCCCCCUUGAUCGGAUACAGAAUUUUGCACACACUCACAUAUUUUCUUCUCCAAGGCAGGCCAUCCUCUCACAUAGCCCCUCAGACUCUCCUGCUGCAGCCCUGACCCACUGCUGACUUGUUACCACUGCGACUAGUGGUACACAUCCCUGGCUCUCACCUUCCUCCUCCCCCGUACUCUCUGACAUCCCAGCCUCACAGUAUUUUGAUACAGGCACAUCACUACUCACCCCUAUCUCACAUUUGGUAGACAUCACUGGUUCAGUUACAGGUAGAUAUUUAUCCCUCCCAGCAAUCACAGUUCACAAUGUCUCCCAAAGUUUCACACAAUACCUUAGGUGGAGCAGUCAGCCCAUCUGGCUCACAAACCGUGUCCUCUGGAGCAUAGUGACAGAGCAUCCUGCCCAAAUCAUUCCCCAACAGAACAUUAACAGGGAUAUCCUCUGAAAUCCCCACUUCCCACAAACCUUUGCAUGCCUCCACUUAUGGGCAGCUGGCUCUGCUGUCCGAAUGGCAAGUCAAAGUUAAUUACUUCUUAAAGGACACUAGGCAUGUACAAAACCUACUGAAACAGGGCAGAUUUCAAACCAGCCCCAUUUUUGUGACCUGUCUAUAUGCUCACAAUAGAGCUAGCAAUGAGGGGGAACAGAAACUUACAGAGCAAAUACACUAAAUUUCCCCCCACCCACCAAUAUUUUUUAAAUACUAUCCUCCCCUCCUUAAAAAUAAUCUUAGUGUUUCUAAAGUACUGCAAAUAUUCCCCCCAUCUUAAAAACUAGUGUGGUGCUGCCUCAAGUGCCUCUAUGGAUGAGCCUCACUGACUCCUUUAUAACCAGCUUUAACGGUCGCACCCUCGUUCCCAUUACCUUAAAACUCUGUGCAGAACUAUUGAUUAAAAUAUUUAAAUGUCCUUUCAUUUGUCACUUUAUUUCUAAAAGAUUAUCAUUUGACACAAGUAAAGCAAUAAUGGGGUGCGUAAAUGUAUUUCCAUAGUAGUACAAAAAAAAUGAACUACCAACUUCCUGUAUGUAAAUUUUAGUUUUUCUUUUUUCCCGUCACCCUUAAUAAAAUGCACCCCAAAUUGGUGCUUGUUUUAUACAGACAUCCUUCACGCUAUCCUGGGCAACCUACCUUCUAGCUUGGAAUCCAGAGAUCCAACAGGCUGUGUACGCGGAGAUCGCCCAGAACCUUGGGAAAGACGUGACUCCAGUAGCAGAAGAUGUUCCAAAGAUGCCACUGGUUAGGGCUGUCCUGAAGGAGACAUUAAGGUGAGACUAGACGUUGGGUGACGUGUCCUGAACAGUCAGAGUUCCUGCAUUUAUUUAAUUGUUCUCUUUUGUAUUUCUUUUUACCGGCAGGUUAUUCCCCGUAUUGCCAGGAAAUGGAAGAGUCACCCAAGAUGACUUGGUUGUGGGUGGAUAUUUUAUACCCAAAGGGGUGAGUAACGUGUUCUUUGUGAGUUAUUUUGAAAAGGUUACACAACAAAGAAUGGGUGUAUUUUUGUACUCUGAACUUCCAGAUGCACAUGUUUACAAAUCUAGCCAGAUGUUUCAUUUAAAUUUCAGUUUAGCUAGCUCAGUGGUUAGUGCUCCAGCCGCUGUAUCUCCUACAGACUUGAGUCAGGAGGGGUCAACUUAACUUUAAUCCUUCCCCUGUUCAUAAAUUGCAUCUCAAGGGAAAGAACAAAAACCCUUUGACCCCAGUGAUGAAAAUAUCAAAAUCAGCUGACUUAAAAUUAAAAAAAAAAAAUUUGUUUAAAUUAAAGGGAGACUAGAGUCACUCAGACCAUUUCAUCUCAUUGAAGUGGACUGGGUGCAGUGUACCUGACCCCCUAAUCCUGCAAUACAAAACAUUGCGGUUUCUCUGCUCUUUACAUUGCAGGGUUAAGACUGGCUCUAGUGGCUGUCUCACAGACACCCACUAGAGGCGCUUGCUGCAUUUGGACAUCUUUGCUAUGGGGAAGCUCUAAUUCACGUGAGGCGUUCCACUAUCGGCAUGAAGUUGAUGGAGAAGGACACUGAUCCAGUGCCGAGGGACCCUGGUGGUGGGAGGAAGGGUUUUUAACAGUUUCAACACUGAGGGGGGUGUGGAGACAGAGGUACUCUGUAGCGUUUGAGUACAGUUUUGUAUUCCUAACACUAUACUGUUUAAUUGGUUAAAUGUGGACAACUCACUUCCUCAUAAUCUUUCCAACAACCUUGAUGCGACAAUCAAAAUUCAUCUUUUUUUUUUUAAGCCCAAACUCUUUGGAUUAACUUUAGAGCAGUAUUUGGUCUGUCUUAAUACAGAUGUUUAAUAAUCCGGAUCUGAAAAUGCUUCUCUCUUUGCCCAAUUCUAUAGUUUGUAAUAUAUUGUCUUGUCUCCCAGACCCAGCUGGCUCUCUGUCAUUACUCCACAUCAUACGAGGAAGAUUAUUUUUCUGCCGCUGAGGAGUUCCGGCCAGAGCGCUGGAUACGUCAGGGGAAGUUGGAUCGAGUAGAUAACUUUGGCUCGAUUCCGUUUGGAUACGGCAUUCGCAGUUGCAUUGGAAGGAGGGUUGCGGAGUUGGAGAUUCACCUUGCGUUAAUCCAGGUGAUAGAACUUUCUCGAUCAGAGCUAGGAAACCAGUUAUUGUUUGAAUCGUCACAAUAAUUUGUUGGCUGCCAAGCCUUUUAGUGUAGAGUGUUACAUGCAAAGAUAUUUGUUACUUUUAUUAGUCCAGUUAAAACUAGUCACAUCUGUUCAUUAGUGCUGCACUUUAUAAGCUGUUUGUAUCUGUUCCCUUUAAAUGCUAAAAGUAUUAAUUCCAAUUUACACCAGUAGCCCAUUUACACACAUUCCCUUUUAUUACUGACUUUAAAAUGUAAAAGAAACUGUAAAAAGUCCGUAAUACACCACGUUAGUGUACCAGAACAAACACAUGCAGCAAUCAAAGAUCAUUUUAAAAUUCUUAACUUUAUCACCAUGUCACUCUGUUUUUAACAGUUGCUUCAAAAAUUUGAGUUGAAGGUUUCACCCAAAACACAAGCAGUUUCCCCAAAAACCCACGGUUUGCUGUGCCCAGCUGGAAAGAUCAACGUACGCUUCGUGGACCGUGAGUGAGGUCAUACUAUGACUUAACAAGCCGCGUGUUACAGCACUCCCAGUGGACCCAAAAGUCAGCUGAAGAUUUUUCGACAAUGUGUCAUUCUGAGACUUUUAGAAAUCUCUGAACUGUUGAGAUGAUGAUCAUUAACUACUUGUAGACUUUUUUAAAUUUGCAACAGCCUACCUUGCACUUUUACUUUUCUGAUGACGGCAGGAAUGUCUGAUUUACUUACAGAGGGAUCUCUUCCUGAACUUGUCAAGUCUUGUUGUAGCAGACAAUGGCAGGAUGUAGAUGAAGACACCGUGAAGUUAGGACAAUGUAGGAAUCAACUUAAUACACUUUAAGUUUUUAUAAAAUUUAUAUUUCUAAAAUAAAGCCUGCCCACACCCAUAACCACCUAUAUUUUUAAAAAUUUUAUACUUGGAUUGUAAAUUGUCCUUUGACUUCAUGCCGUUAUUGGAAGAUUUUAUUCACAAAAAAAUAUUUUCAAAUAGAGCCUUCAUAUACCUGUUUUUUGUUUUUUCAAUUUAGUGGUUAUUCAGUAACCUACCAUAACCAGUUUUAUAAAGACCAUGAUUUUUUUAAUGUAGAGUGCAAUAAUAAAUCCAUUUGUUGAAAGAUUUGGCCUUUACCAGCAGUUGCCGUUACUAUUAUUUGUUUUGAAUCAUUUUUCAAAGCUGAUACAUUUGCCUUAAACUGUCCGCAGCUGUAAAUGGCGGCUGGGUGUAUAAUUCCUGGUCGGUUUUAAUAGUCCGGGACCAGUUGUUUAGGUGGUUUCAGCCACUCGAGUUAUCAGACGGAUUGCUUCAAGCCUUUGCAAAUCCAACUCUACGGUUUAUAGAGAGAUCAGGAAUCUCCAACAAUGUGGACUUGGAAUUGGGAAUCUUCAAACUGGGGUUUUAAUAUGCUCUAUAACUAAAGACUUGUCAUAUAUUCUAAGUGACUUCACAAAGCGUACUUGACUUACAGUAUAAGCAGAUAUUGUAAGUUAGUGGUUCUUAUUUAAACACCCCGUCAGCUCUACGUUAAACUCUGUAUACAAACAUUGUCCGUCCAUUCAUACUACAAAUAUCAGCUGACCCUCUGCAUGAGGAUCAUUCCAUUAACACAAGACAUUUUUAUGUCGGGCAGUUAGAAGUCAAUAAUCUGCGAAGUCCGUAGUGAUGCAGAGGUAUUCAGGAUGUGCAUAGGAACUAGACUGAGCACUGGUCACCGGAAGUAAGAUGCUAUUUUGUAACUUAAAAUUUCACCACUAGAUGGAGAUCAUUGGAAAUGUAACAAGUUAACACUCAUGCAUUACUUGCUUGAUUCUUUUGAUCUUAAUUCAAAAUGGCGUAGAAAUGUUUCAGAUUGGUUUUUAAACUGAUCGAUGCGAUUACAAAUGAUUCCUUGUCAAGCUAAUUGAUUGGUUUUAGGAAGAGUGCAACAAAUGCGUGUCUACAAGUUAGUUUUUACCGUUUGAUUCUUUAUCAGUAAUGGCUUCUUUGGCACUCCAAUUAUUUGGGAACUAAUUUCCAAUGAUGCUUAGUAAGUCAAGCCCUAACACACCUAGGGUGCCAAGGUUAAAGGUACACUCAAAGCACCAUAACCACUACAGCCUGUUGUGAAUGAUUAUGGUACCAAGAGUGCCCCGGUGCUGUCUCAUUUUAGCACAUGUUGCUAACUUAUCUGGGUUUCACUGGGUGUCUGAACACAUUCCCAGAAUCUGGUGUUAUCUACCAGGAGCAGCUGAAUUUCUCUAUAGAAUGAAACCGGACUAUUCAGGGCAGUGCUUAUUGGCUGAAUGUGAAUCAGAGCGCUCUCUCAAUGGGCAGCAUCCCGCGUCGGCUGUGCUUGUCUCUAAAAGCUACCCGGCUGCUUCUGCGGGAGAAGACUGAAUGUGAAAUGGGCAACCUAGAGGGAUCCAGGUAAGUUAUCAGGUCAUAAUUAAACUAUUUGGAGACUUAAUGUGGGACAGGGCACUUCUGGCACCAUAGCCACUACAGCCAGCGUUAGCAGUUAUAGUGGAAUCAGGUUCUUUUAAGACAGCAGGUUUUUUUUAGUUUUGUUUUUUUUUUUUUAAAUGGCCAAAGUCUACAGUCAGGUAGAUGUUCAGUAUAUGUUUAAGUCUAAAGUUAAAAAAAAAAUGAAAUGUUUGAUUAUGAACUGCUGCGUUUUUUUUUUUUUUUGUUAUGUAGUUCGUGUUUUUAUUUUAUUUUUUUUAUUUGUCUCUGACACCUUGACAUAUCAAAUGUCAGGAUAACGUGAUUAAAAAGGUUUUAUAUUGUGUUUGUUUGUUUUUUUGCAUAGAAAUGCAGUUAUUCAUUAAUCUGUAAAUUGUUAGGAAUUCAAAGUAAACUUCACAUUUAACACCACAACUGCUGUACUGGAACAAUUCAGUCCGCAAUGCUUGCAGUUUGGGGAUUCUGAACUUUAUUUUGACGUUUAGAUGAAUUCCUGACAAAUGAUCAAACUCUCGUUAAUUACCCAGUAAGUGAAUUUCAAAGUUUAGACCACAAUAACCAGACUGGAAAAAGUCCCAUCCUCUGAUUUUUAGUCUGGUUAAUUUGGCCCAAACUGUGAAAUUCCUGGCAACUCAUGGUUUAGUAAAUAUUCCUGGCAUUCCAUAGCGCAAUUCAUUUUGCUUGAAAUGAUCACGCAUUAGUAAAUUGCUGAAGAGCAAAAAGUAGCCACGAUUGUAAUCUAUCAGAGGUGUGUGUGUCGGUCGGUGUCCGGAUCAUGAAAUUAUACAUGAAUUUUCUAAAUCGUUCUCAGAUUCCUGUUAAUUUCCUUUUUGCUUUAAAUUGUCUACUCUCAGAUUUAGGAUCAGAAAUGGAUUGUGUUUCUUGUUCAAUUGUAAUGAAUGUUAGUAUAACAUAAUUUUACCCUUUUUUUUUUUUAUAGAAAUGACUAAAUUUGUACUUAUUACAUAAUAAAAUAUUUAU